GCUCGAACCAGGGCACGUAAACAGACGCCAAUGUGUCAGUCGGUUUUGGCAGGUAGAAAAAUGCAUGCGGCAGCAAUCUUCGCAAAGAGAACGGGCAGCCGGUGUUCGAGAUCGCCAUGUUUGUAUUAGCCAACAUAAAACUCAAUACACGUGUGCGUUGGUCGCCAGACUAAAGUGUGAAUAAAAUAGGAAAUUCUUCAAAUUUUCACCCAAAUACAGUUUCUAACGCUGAGCGCUAAGUGCCGCAUUGCAAAAGCAGCCCCCCAUCCCCUCAGUUCAGAAUGAUUGCCGGUCGUCCACUGUUGCUACUGUCGCUGCCAAGUCUCGCUAUAAUUGUGGGGCUGGUUUGGUACCGCCGCAAGUUUAAGCCGGACGCAGGCGAUCGGGGCGGAGAAAAAAGCAAAGAAUGUGAAAGUACGAUCUUGUCGCGCGGUGUCAGCAGCACGCUGGCAGAGCAUGAGCCGGACAUGCGACAGAGCUCGUCGCUGCCGAUACAGCAACAGGCGGGCGGCGGUGGUAAUGGUGCGGAAAACUGGGAUAACUGUUCGGGCUCGGGUCAUUCGUCGGCCGGGUCGUCGCGCUCGGCCCCGAUAGACAUCGUGCCGAACAAGAGCCCGUCCAAGGACGACCUGUUGGGCCGGUCGCACCUGCUCGAGCACGACAACGAGGAGCUGAGCUUCAGCCCGUCGAUCGAUUUGCCCGGCUCGGUCGUGUCGCGCUACCCGCAGAAUCUGCGCAAGUUCAACCAAAUGAUGGAACCGACCAAGGAGCCGGUCGUGAUCCGGCCGACCAAGGCGGCAUCGCUGCAGAGCGGCCACUUCCGGGUGCCGGACGAGAACGGGAACGCUAACAGCGCCAAGCCGGUCUCGCCCCGCUCGCCCAAGAAACAAUCACCCCAGCCAAAGCCAUACGCCGCUGCUACGGAGAGCGAUCGGUUGAACGGAAACUGCGUGCCGGAGCCAGACGCCGCAACGAUCGAGGACGUAUUUGAUCCCAAACCGGAAUCGUUCGAUGAGCGGAACGAACAGACGGGCAGCCCGCCGCUCAGCAUCUGCAGCGUGCGCUCCGAGGAUUCGGGCAAGGGUUCGAGCCCGCCCCACUCGGUCGGCCCGUCCGUCACGACGUACGAGUUCCUGGUGCCCGCGUUCCUGGUGGCCGGUAUGCUCGGCAAGCAGGGCACGUUCGUGAAGCAGAUCAAGCAGAAAACCGGCGCUAACGUCAUCAUCAAGCGCAACCCGGACACACACAACAGCAAGAUCUGCACGCUCGAAGGCUCGCAGCAGGAAAUUCAGGACGCGCUAGCGGUGAUUCGCAAGAAGUUCCCGCAGAAACGGUUUCCCGGCCUGACCCUGCAGCGGAUUGAGAUUAGCCGCGUCGAAACGGUCAUACCGCUGUCGCUGAUGAAUGACACGUGUUCGAGCCUGCCGCUGGUGGAGGGAAUCAACAAUGACGUCGCCGUUAGCUGCAUCAUCAAUGUGGGCCACCUGUUCGUGCACCAGCCGCUGCACCCCACCCACCUGACCCUGAACAGCAUGCAGAACUCACUGAAUCAAAGCUACACCCAGAGCGAGGCCCCCGCCCUGCCCGAGAUCGUGCCGAAUGCGGUCUGCGUUGCGUUUGUCGCGGGCAGCUGGUACCGGGCGCAGGUCGUGCAGAACGUCACGGAAAGCAAUUUGGUUUUAGUGAAAUACCUGGACUACGGCGGCUACUCGAUGCUGCCCCCACAGAACCUUCGUCAAAUCAGAACAGAUUUCAUCUCCGUACCGUUCCAAUCGAUAGAGUGUGUGCUAUCCAACAUUCAGCCGAUUGAUGAAAGCCAAAACACCUGGUCGGAGGAAGCCACCGAGCUGUUCCGUAGGUUAACAAGCAAUGCUAUCAUGCAAGCACAAGUAGCGGGAUAUACUGCCGAGGGUAUUCCGGAAAUUUAUCUAUUCUCUUCAAUAGCAAAAGAUGUAAGUAUUGGGCCGCCGUAUGGUCUAUCCACUCGAAGCGGUUGGUGUUGUUUUCGUUCUCCUUUUUUCUUUGCACCACAAAACAAACCAAUCAUCUGGAUGGUUUUAAAUUCAUUCGCGCUCCAUGCAAAUGUACUGCUAAUGAUGUGUAAAUUGUGAAAGCGUCCAUUUUUUCUUCUUUUUUAACCUUUAAAUUGAAGCAAUCUCCCUUCUACUGUAGCUUAUCAAAAUUUAGUUCAGCAGUAGAUGUUUAUAGCUGCGGUUAGAUUGGCGCCCUUAUCUUGCCGACCACUUCUUCGGCUUUGAACGGGAGGUGGGAACCGGUGGGUUUUUGUGUCGUUGUCGUCGUCGUUGUUGCGGAAACUAAGCGAUAACGCGUUUGAUAAUGAACUAUUUUGUGUUUUGUUUUUUUUCCUCUCCAAGUGCGGCUGUGUUUGUGGCGCACUGAUGCAGCAGAUUCGAAUGUUUUUAAAUGAUUGUUUGGUGUGUGUGUGUGUGUGUGUGCGUGUUAAAAAACACAAUUUUAUCGUUGGGUUUCAUUGACUGUUGUUUUUUUUUUAUUAUUUUGUUGUAUUUAUUAUGUAUUUCUUUCUCUAUCUCACUGCAACUAGCGCAAGCUUUAACCAUUGUAACGAUUUUUCUCCCCUUUCCUUUUUCCUUUUUUUCAGAACGUAGUUUUCAUUAAUCAAGAAAUGGUUGCACGCGGAUACGCCAGAUGGAUUGACUGAAUUGUAUGUACGCAAAGUAGGUGAACAAAUUAUUAACAAAUUUAAAAAUGCAUAUUAUAAGGAGAAAAGAAACAGUGAGAUUGAAGAUAGUGAGCUCGUGCUACGGAAAGCAUGAUAAAUGGAAAGCUAAAACGGGGGAGACUGAGCGAGGCGCAGUACUGCCAACGGUGUCAGCGGACGGGUGCAGCCCGGUUUGCUGGUGGUGAUAUUAAGGGCGCGGGAAAGGACGUGGAUAUGGAAACGCAUUCAUGCAACGGGCAAUGGCGGACAAUUGAGAGGCACCACCCCGUACCUCACAGCAUUUCGGACAACACUUAACAACUAAAACUACCGCCCGGCUAGGCUUCCGGUUCACUCUCACCCUUCUCUCCCGCACACGCUCUACUACAUUAGUAUCCAGUUUUGGGUAUGCUGCACCGGAACCAAACAUAACAGCUCUCGUGCGCGUGUACUCAUUCAACCACGGUUCUCCUUUUGUUUCGCGUCCCACACCUGCCACCAACAACGACGCUCCCCGCGUGUUCUGUUGACCAUCAUCAUCGUCAUCACUGUGUCAUGGCACCCGAGAAGAAGCUCCCUAUCAUUCAUGUUCAUUACUACAUCCUUCCUCGUUACUGUUACAAUGAUUAAAACGAAGAAAACUUGUGAAUACUACGUUUAAAAGAAAACCAUAAGAAUGCGAAAUCCCGUCGUUCAAGUUUUUUUUGUCUUCACUUAUAAUUGCAGCUAAGGCAAUUUAUUAUUUUAGUUAUUUUUAAUAAGGGUAUUUAUGAAAUAAAUUCAACAAAAUUAAAUUGAUCUUA